GGUCUAGAUAUACUAUGUCUAUGGUUGCCGCACACGUGCAGCAGCAUGCAGAAGCCAAUAAAGCGGAGAAAAAACUUUUUCGUGUUUUAUAUAACAUUUCUUCAAAGAUAAUCAGAGUUACAGUGUACAUAUGAUAUUGAGACAAGUUAAAUAAAUUAAUAUUACUUUAAUAAAAAUGAAUUGUAAUGAAACUAUGUCUAAAAAUACAUAAAAUCAUAUAUAAAAUCUUGUAAUCACAUAUCUGCCAUCGCACAUAUUAACCUAAAUAAUAAAAGAUUAAAGAAAUAAGUAUAGUAAACAAUAUCAAAAAAAAAAAAAAACAAUGGACAUAAAUAAAUGUGAAAAUGAAAGAAUGAAUAAUCCCUGUAAUAAUGUGCCAAACCAAUUAAAAUCAGAUGGGAUCACAUCUAUGAAGAUGGAAAAUAUACAAAAUAGUCCUAACAAGGCAGAUGACCUUCAACAUUCUUAUACAAAUUGUAAAGAUGAAAAUAUAAAUAGUCCUCGAAAUAGUGAGAACGCAUUUACUUUUUUAGAAGACAUAUUUGAGAAUUCAAUGUUUAAAGAAGAGAAAAAGUUCUUACAAUCUGCCAAUACAACUGAAAUGAAUGUAUGUACACAAAGAAAAAAAACAAUUAGCAUUAGUAGUGAUUAUGAUAUGUUUAAACAAGAAUUAAACAGUACAGAAAAUUUUAACGAAUUUGAAGACGUUAAAUUAUUACAUGAUUUAAAUUCUGUAAUAGAUUUUGAAGACACUAAAAUAUCACCAGAUAUUUCGUCUUUAAUGGUUAUUAAUAUUACACAGGAGACUGAUGAUAGCUUAGUAAGUAUAAAUAAAGAUCCAGCCACAGAUCCCCUUUUAAUUAGCGAUUGCGAAGAACGAAACACAAAUGCAACACUUAUGGAUUCAGAAUCAAAAUCUUCAAUAGAAUCAGAAAAGUCAAUAUUUGUUGAUAACCAACAAAUUAGUAAUAGUAAUAAUCCUUUUAAACUAAAACAUAAGUUGAAUAAAAAAGAAGAACAUCUUUUAGAAGAAUUGGAAAAUAUAAAAGAUUGGGAAGAAUUGCCACUUUCUCUUACAAAGAAAUUGCGUGCAUUAUAUAUAAAACUAAUACAUAAAGUGCCUCCACAACAUAAAAUAGAGCUUACCGGAUCUCAUGCACCAACAAGGCCACAGAAAAAAUUAUUUGGGAAAUAUGGACCACUCCGAAAAGGAUUAUAUUCACCUAAGGAAGAUACAAUUAUCAAAAAAAACUGGGAAACUUUUUGCCAACUUCAUGAUUGGGACACGAACAUGGUUAAACCAUUUUUUAAUUGGAGGCAUAAUGGAAAAUACUAUAUAAGCAAUCUAAGAGAAAGACAGAAAUUUGUACAAUUUUUAGCAAAUGGAUUACCUUGGCGGACUUUAUACAGUGUUUAUUCCAGAUUCAAAGUAUUAUAUUGUAAAAAGAUCACUUAUGCUCGGUAUACAUCAAAAGAAGAUAAAAAAAUUUUAAUGUAUAUACAGAAUAAACAUCUUGAUAAGCGUGACACUAAAUAUAUUGAAUUGGCAAUGUUAUUAAGACGAACAAGACGAUCAAUUUUUAAACGAUAUCAAUAUCUUAAAAAGAUUGAGGAUGAUUCACAAAUAGAACCAUUAUCAAACAUUAAAUGGACAUUGCCAUUGAUCAAAAAAUUUAUAAAAACUUUACUUAAUAUAACAUUAAGUGAGGAUAUAAAAGAAUUAAAAAAUGCUAUAAUUCCAAAGCCGGUGUGGCAGAAAAUGAAAGAGAAAUUAAAUAUACAUGAAAACAUUUUAAAAACAUUUUGGCAAAAUCAAUUGCAUUUGCAAUUAUUUAGUCCAGGUCCUAUCUAUUUAAGUGAUAUUAAGAUAAAGUUAAUUGAGUAUAUGUAUGAAAAAGGAAUAGCAAAUACUCGUGAAAUUAUAUGGUCUAAUGUUGCACAAUAUUUUGAUGGAGCAACUGCAGUAUUUCUUUGUAAAGUCUUUUUUUAUCAAGUUCAAGAAUGUAAUAUGAAUAAUAUGGAAAAUUUUGCUGAUGUUGUAGAAUAUCUAUAUCAUACUAAAAUUCCCGAAAUUAAAGAGGCCUUAACGGAGAAGUUCUUACCUAGAAUUGUUUAUAAAAAUAAAAAGGUUUAUUUACUAAAUGAAGAAGACAGUGACAAUGCAAUCACAACUGAUAUUUAAAAUUAAGAAGUUGAUUGUAAUACUAAUAAAUAUUCUACAGUGUAUUAUCUUAAUACUCCUAAAUAUUAUAUAAAAAAUACAAAACUAUUAUUUUACUCUAAAUGUAUUUUAAAUUGCAUGCGUGUGUAUAUGUGUGUAUAUGGGGAAAAUAAAAAUGGAAAGAUAAACAUUAUGCAAAUAACUGUUUAUUAAAAAAAAA